AUGCUAAAAUGAAACCAUUUUAAAUUUAUUUCAAAUAUUAAAACAGAGUGAAGCAAAAUCUUAUUGCUUUGGCUAAAGAUAUUUACUCUCAAAUAUCAUCUUAUUCCUCCUUCAGAUUGUGAAAAGGCUUUAUCAGAAAAAAAGCUUUAACUCCCUCCUCCGUGAGUGACAAAAUCAUUAGAAAAAUCCGUAUUUUUUGAACAAAAACCCACCCUCCGUGAGCGAACAAAAAUUUUUAAUAUAUAAGCGAUAAUUACUAUUACGAAAUCUAUAGCUAAUUCUAUUUAAUUUUAAAAAAAAAUUGUGUUUUAAAAAAUAAAUUUUAUAAAUUAAAUUAAUAUUUUGCUUUCCAAUUUUGGAUUUUUUAAAAUUUAUAUAUAAGAAAAAAAAAUUAAACCCCUCCGUGAGCGAACAAAAUAUUUUUGCUCGCUCACCGGUAAGUAAUAUAUUUAUUUUUUGAUUUAUUAUUCAAGUUUGCCUUUAUUUUUGGAGCUGCAUAA